AGCGCCGCCCGCGCGGCCAGGCCCAGUCGGCCCCGCAGACCCCGACGGGCCCGCGCCUGCGCCGUCCCCCGCCCGGGCCCCCAGCCCGCCCCGCGCCUGCGCCGGCCUGCUCCCAGCCGGACCUGCAGCCGUCGGCGCGGAUCCCCGGGGCGCCCCUGACUGGUGUUCCGGGAUCCCCGUCCGCCGGAUGCCUCUGAGCCGAGGGGCCGAGUGCGACCUUCACGCUUUGCUCUCCCCUCGCCCCAGGAGGGGCUGUGGCCGCCGCCCGUAGUCCUGUCCCCAGCCCGCCGCGGGUACCAGCUCUGCUCCGGAGCCCCGAGGACGCGGCGCGGGGAGCAGCCCUCCCCGCUUCGAGGAGCUACGUUUGCCUGGCCAGAGGAGCUGUGUACUGCAUAUGGGGAGAGGUGGGGGCAGCAGUGGCAAGUUCUGUGUGGACUUCAGAGUGACUUCUGAGAAAGGAUCAUUAGAAUUGUCGCUGAACAUCUUUGAAAGUGAAGUUCCAGAGUAGUGAGCCACAUAUGGCAAUUAUGAGAAUCCAAUCUGCCGGCGCAGCACGGAGCCUUCCACGCUGUCUGCUGGCUGUCUCCAGGCAGCUUGCUCUCAUACUUAAACAAUAGCAACAUCCACCAAGUGUCUCUGCCUCCUCAGCGCUCUGACUGUCCCCUUCAGAGCUGUGUUUGUCCUGCUCACCGUCCCCUCCCUUAUCGCUGACUUCUGUGUCCACUUGGGCAUGGAUGGCUGAACUGCACAGCCUGUCUCCCGUUGAUGCGCCUCAGACUCCCUUCACCAGAUUUGCUUGUAAAUGCAUCACGAGGCAACCCAGAAUGAAGAAAGCAAGCAGGAGUGUCGGCUCAGUGCCUAAAGUGUCUGGGAUAAGCAAAACAGUAGAGAAGCCUAAACCUGAAAAUAACCCUUCAGCAUCUACAGGAGGCAAACUUGUAAGACCUGGAGCUACAGCGUCAUUGUCCAAGACCAAGAGCAACGAUGACCUUUUAGCUGGAAUGGCUGGAGGGGUGACAGUGACUAAUGGUGUCAAAGGAAAGAAAAGCACCUGCCCUUCCACAGCAUCUUCAGCGUCUGCUCCUGCCAUGACCACCGUGGAGAGCAAGGCCAAGAUCAGCACAGGCACAAGUUCUUCAACCAAGCGGAGCACUUCUACAGGCAAUAAAGAAUCCAGUUCUACUAGAGAAAGAUUACGGGAACGCACACGACUAAACCAGAGCAAAAAACUACCUUCUGCAGGUCAGGGGCCUAAUGACCUGGCACUGGCUAAACGUUCCCGCAGUCGUACUACCACAGAAUGUGAUGUUCGCAUGAGCAAGUCUAAGUCAGACAAUCAGAUCAGUGACAAAGCUGCUUUGGAGGCCAAAGUGAAAGAUCUUCUCACACUGGCAAAAACCAAAGAUGUGGAAAUUUUGCAUUUGAGAAAUGAACUCCGAGACAUGCGUGCUCAGCUGGGCAUUAAUGAGGAUCCUUCCGAGGGAGAUGAAAAAUCUGAGGAGAAGGAAGCCAUUAUUGCUCACCAGCCAACGGAUGUUGAGUCCACUUUAUUGCAGUUACAGGAACAGAAUACUGCCAUCCGUGAAGAGCUCAACCAGCUGAAAAAUGAAAACAGAAUGUUAAAGGACAGGUUGAAUGCAUUGGGCUUUUCCCUAGAGCAGAGGCUAGACAAUUCUGAAAAACUGUUUGGCUAUCAGUCCCUGAGCCCAGAAAUCACUCCUGGUAACCAGAGUGAUGGAGGAGGGACUCUGACUUCUUCAGUAGAAGGCUCUGCCCCGGGGUCAGUGGAGGAUCUCUUGAGUCAAGAUGAAAACACCCUCAUGGACCAUCAGCACAGUAACUCCAUGGACAAUUUAGACAGUGAGUGCAGUGAGGUGUACCAGCCCCUCACAUCCAGCGACGACGCGCUAGAUGCACCGUCGUCCUCCGAGUCAGAAGGCAUUCCGAGCAUAGAGCGCUCUCGGAAGGGGAGCAGUGGGAAUGCCAGCGAAGUGUCUGUUGCGUGCUUGACUGAACGGAUACAUCAGAUGGAAGAGAACCAACACAGCACGAGCGAGGAACUUCAGGCAACUCUGCAAGAGCUAGCUGACUUACAGCAGAUUACCCAGGAGCUGAAUAGCGAAAAUGAAAGGCUUGGGGAGGAGAAGGUUAUUCUUAUGGAGUCUCUGUGUCAGCAAAGUGACAAGUUAGAACACUUCAGCCGACAGAUCGAGUAUUUCCGCUCCCUUCUAGAUGAACAUCACAUUUCUUAUGUCAUAGAUGAGGAUGUGAAGAGUGGGCGCUAUUUGGAACUGGAACAACGUUAUAUGGAUCUAGCUGAGAAUGCCCGUUUUGAACGAGAGCAGCUUCUUGGCGUCCAGCAGCACUUGAGCAAUACUUUGAAGAUGGCAGAACAAGACAACAAGGAAGCUCAAGAAAUGAUAGGGGCACUCAAAGAACGCAAUCACCAUAUGGAGCGAAUUAUUGAGUCUGAGCAGAAGGGGAAAGGAGCCUUGGCAGCCACAUUAGAGGAGUACAAAGCCACCGUGGCCAGUGACCAGAUAGAAAUGAAUCGCCUGAAGGCCCAGCUGGAGAAUGAAAAGCAGAAGGUGGCAGAGCUGUAUUCUAUUCAUAACUCUGGAGACAAGUCUGAUAUCCAGGAUCUCCUGGAGAGUGUCAGGCUGGACAAAGAAAAAGCGGAGACUUUGGCUAGUAGCCUGCAGGAAGAUCUGGCGCACACCCGAAAUGAUGCCAAUCGAUUGCAGGACGCCAUUGCAAAGGUAGAAGAUGAAUACCGGGCCUUUCAAGAAGAAGCUAAGAAACAAAUAGAAGAUUUGAAUAUGACAUUAGAAAAAUUAAGAUCAGAGCUGGAAGAAAAAGAGACAGAAAGGAGCGACAUGAAAGAAACCAUCUUUGAACUUGAGGACGAAGUUGAACAACACCGAGCCGUGAAACUUCAUGACAACCUCAUUAUUUCUGAUCUAGAGAAUACAGUUAAAAAACUCCAGGACCAAAAACAUGACAUGGAAAGAGAAAUCAAGACAUUGCACAGGAGGCUUCGGGAAGAAUCUGCAGAAUGGCGGCAGUUUCAAGCUGAUCUCCAGACUGCAGUGGUUAUUGCAAAUGACAUUAAAUCUGAAGCCCAAGAGGAGAUUGGUGAUUUGAAGCGCCGAUUGCAUGAGGCUCAAGAAAAAAAUGAGAAACUCACAAAAGAAUUGGAAGAAAUAAAGUCACGCAAGCAAGAAGAGGAGCGAGGCCGGGUGUAUAACUACAUGAAUGCUGUUGAGAGAGAUUUGGCAGCCUUACGGCAAGGGAUGGGGCUGAGUAGGAGGUCUUCAACCUCUUCUGAGCCAACGCCUACGGUAAAAACCCUCAUCAAGUCCUUCGACAGUGCAUCUCAAGGACCAAAUCCUACGGCAGCUGCAAUUCCUCGAACGCCUCUGAGUCCAAGUCCUAUGAAAACCCCCCCUGCAGCAGCAGUUUCCCCUAUGCAGAGACAUUCCAUAAGUGGACCAAUCUCUACAUCCAAACCCCUGACAGCCCUGUCAGAUAAGAGACCAAACUAUGGGGAAAUUCCUGUUCAAGAGCAUCUAUUAAGAACCUCUUCAACCAGCCGACCAGCUUCACUACCGAGAGUACCUGCGAUGGAAAGUGCCAAGGCCAUCUCAGUGUCUCGAAGAAGUAGUGAAGAGAUGAAGCGAGACAUCUCCGCACCCGAGGGAGCAUCGCCGGCCUCCCUCAUGGCUAUGGGAACCACGUCACCACAGCUCUCCCUGUCCUCCUCUCCCACAGCGUCCGUGACGCCCACGACCCGAAGCCGGAUAAGGGAAGAAAGGAAGGACCCGCUCUCAGCAUUGGCAAGAGAAUAUGGAGGCUCAAAGAGGAACGCCUUGCUGAAGUGGUGUCAGAAGAAAACAGAAGGCUACCAGAAUAUCGACAUCACAAACUUCAGCAGCAGCUGGAAUGACGGGCUGGCCUUUUGUGCUCUCCUGCACACAUACCUUCCAGCCCACAUCCCAUAUCAAGAGCUGAAUAGCCAAGAUAAGCGAAGGAACUUCACCCUGGCCUUCCAGGCAGCUGAGAGCGUUGGAAUCAAAUCCACACUGGACAUUAAUGAAAUGGUGCGGACUGAACGGCCCGAUUGGCAAAACGUGAUGCUGUACGUGACAGCUAUCUACAAGUACUUCGAAACCUGAGCACACCAGGAGGACCUCCCAGUUACCAGGCAACGCCAGCACCAUUAGCUACGCACCCUGUAAAGCUUUCAGCGACUCUCUGGGCUGCCCCACAGCGCGUGAGCCUUCAGCCUGGCGCCUCUGGGUCGGGAGAACUUGGGCCCAUGUGGCCCGCAACUCAACCCAGGCACCUUCCACAUGACCCAUCAGUCAGAGGUUGGCGUGGACUCCGUACCAUGCACUGUGUGCCUCCAGAAUUCUCCUUCUGAAGAUAUGUCUGAAUUUCGUUAGUGUUGUGGGGUGCCAGAGGCCCGUGAACAGCUCAACUUGGAAGGGGAUUAAAUUAUGCUGGCAGCUCAUGGGGUCAGUGAAAGCUUCAGCCACAGCCUAUCUGCAGUGCUCGUCAGAGCAGGUCCUGUCACCCAUGAAAACCACGCAGGGGUGGCAGUGUCUGACAGGCUCCUGCUUCCCGGUGUUGGGUGUGUAGGCCUCAGCCCUUCACAGGGGCUCGGAUUCAAGGAGUGGGUCCAGAGCAGUGGGACAGCCCCCUUCUCUGUGACAGGGCUGUCCUAGCCAGUGCAGAUGACCAAGACUCAUGUUCCCGGCUCUCAGGGUCUGCUGCUGUUGAACGAUUCACGGGCUGGGCCUCCAUCUAGACGCAGGCCAGGGCUCCUCCGCCGAUUCUCUGCUGACCUGACCUCCAGCUUCGUGGGGCUUGGACACCCAGCUCUGACUUCAGGUUUCUAGUCAAAAGAAUUGGUCAUAAGGAGUUCUUCUAGUUAAAAAAAUGUUUUUCUCUUAAGAGCAAUAUUGGGGGAAAUAGCUCUUUUUCUCAUAGUACCAAAGUUGAAUUGUUGUAGGCGUAGAUAUAAAACCCCAAAUGUGGACAUGGUGAAAGCCGGGAGUGAGGUGAGAAGGAGAAGCUGAGCAGCUGGAAGGAGGCCGGACAGCGCAAUGGAAGUCACUGCAUCACUGGGAUGGGAGUCCCAGGCAAGGACUGACUAAGAACGUGCCUUAACUCUCCUGACGAGGGUGCCCUGCACAGAGCGUCCUGGAGGCCCCCGGCGCCGCAGCCAAGUGAAGGAGCUGGUUACCUGCCGUGCCGCCCUCUCCAGGCCCAGUGGGCGUGAACCAGAGCCUCAUCACCAGCUGUCUGUUGAGACGCCUCUCAGGCUGGGACCCGGCCCUUCUGGGGAGCAGGGAGCCCACGUCUCAGUACACCUGACACAGGAGCUGCUGGCUCAAACAGUGUCAAGACCCGUUGCUUCAGAAUGCAGCUCGUCUGGACCCGCACUGCAGCGUGAGGAAGAGCUGCCCCCGGUGAGGCAGGCCGCAGGGUGGGGCUCACACAGGCCCUCUGGCCCGCGCGGGGGCUGUGGGCUGUGUAUGUGCACAUGAUGCUCCAGACCCGGAGUCUGACACGUGAGACAGGCUGUGCACACGCGUGGGGCCAUAUCAGGCAGUUGGGAAAUUGCCGGCAGGCAUGCCCAGAUGCCCUGACCCAGCAGCUCUGGCUACUACCCUAACGGGAGGCUGUUUGCGAAGUGCCCACUUCAGCUGAUAAGGAGAGGCCCAGUGAGUGGAGCCCAGGCCCCACACACACCAGAAAACCCCAGCAGAUCUCUGCCCCAUCCUUCCCGACUGGGUUCUGUUCUGGUUUCUAUUGUGUUGGCAGUGGCCCUGUGCUAUCAGCUGAAGGACUGUUAGGGUGAGAUUCAUGUUUUUAAAUAUCUGUACCUGGUUUAGCUGAGUGCCAUGUUUUUGUUUAUUUAUUAUGUUGGGGCCGGUUUCGUCUUAGGAAGGAGAAGCCUCUGCUGGUCUGCAUUUCUCACCUGUGUCCCUUCCCAGCCAGGUGGGCCAGCUUGGCUGCUCAUGCUGUUGGGGGGUCAUCUUGGGGAAAGGAAGCUGCUGCUGCUGGGCUGUGACCAGAUAGCUGACAUUGUCCUAAAUCAUACCCUGGGGUCGGUGACAGGGCAGAGGGUGGCUGUGGGGAGGGCCCACUGGGCUGCCCACGUUUGUACUUGGGUCCAACAAGUGAGAAGAUUCCAGAAGCAUGACUUUUGCUUUUUCUAGCAGGAUCCUUCAUGGUAUGAUUCUAGAUGGUCAUAUUACCUAAAAGUGACACACUGAGGUGCUUUUAGUCCAGUGGCACUUGGUAUGAAGCCUCCAGGAAGUCGUUUCGCCUCUUCUCCCUUCAAGCACAAGCUCUACUGCAAAAGGGCCAGUUAAUUCCUGUUUCUCUCAACCACGGGCUUCUGCUGACUGAGGAUACCUUUUUAUUUUGUUCUAUUAAAUAUUCUUGAAUGUAUUAAAAUUGCUGAAACACA